AUGGUGCACAGGAAAAAGGAAAUGAGUUGUUUGAUCAUCAGAGUCAAAAUUAUUUUCAAUUUUGUAGAAUUUUCACCUGUGACUUUUGUUCUUUUCUGUGUUCAUGUUUAUGUUUACGGAACUUUUUUUUUGCUCGACUUGUGUUGUCUAUUUUAUGAUGAUUCCAGACCUCUGAUCCGAAUUAUAGGCGAUCGAUUCCCAUGGCAAGUGAAGAGUUCUAUUUUGUCAACUUUGACCAUCAUAAUAGCAAAAGGUGGGAUGGCACUUAAACCUUUUCUCCUACAGCCACAAACCACCUUUGUCAAAUUCUUGCAGGACAACCCAAGGGGUCUUCUAUCUAACCUACUUGCAUCAGAUGGUGGGGUUCGUGAGGCAAUAUUGGUCGCCCUAAAAGGUGUUGUCAAGCAUGCUGGAAAGAGUAAAAAGAUACCUCCUCGUAGAAAUCGAAGACGUAACAAUGAAAGUGAAGCGCCGACGCCACCUCCACCACCACCCCCUCAAUUCGAUGUUGCUAUGUUCCAAGCAGUAGUCACAGCUGCCUUAUCUCAUAUCAAUGUUCCUGGUGCUAGUGGGUCGGGAGCUGCACCAAUUAAACCGUAUGCUGGUAGCCUCUCUAAAUGCAACAAGUGCAAUUUUCACUACACUGGAAAUUGCCCAGAGAUGCAGUGCCAUAACUGUAACAGGAAAGGGCAUACUGCCCGAUUCUGUAGAACACCACCUCAACCCCUUAACCAAGUACUUGCCGUCGGAGUAGGUCAAGCAUGCUACCAAUGCAAUGAUGUGAGGCAUUUCAAGAGAGAUUGUCCAAAAGCUGGAAAUGCCGGUGGGGUUGGGAGAAUUCUAGCAUUGGUUCACGAAGAAGUGGUGGCAGACCCUACAGUGGCCGAGCACCAGAGACCGCAUGGCAAGUUACAGCCAUUGGAGAUUCCCGAGUGGAAGUGGGAACAGAUCACUAUGGAUUUCAUCACCAAAUUGCCAAGGACUGCCAGAGGAGUCGAUGCCAUUUGGGUGAUUGUGGAUAGGUUGACGAAGAGUGCACACUUCCUUGCCAUCAGUGAGAGUUCUUCAGCGGAGAAGUUGGCGGAGAUAUAUGUGAGAGAAGUGGUAUCUCGGCAUGGGGUGCCGAUCUCGAUUGUUUCGGACCGUGAUGUGCGCUUCACUUCCAGAUUCUGGAAGAAAUUCCAUGAGGAGCUGGGUACUAAAUUGCAUUUUAGUACCGCAUAUCAUCCCCAGACGGACGGCCAAAGCGAGCGAACGAUUCAGACACUGGAGGACAUGCUUCGAGCGUGUGUGUUAGAUUUCGGGGGUAGCUGGGAUGCGUAUUUACCCUUGGCAGAGUUUUCCUACAACAACAGCCAUCAUUCGAGCAUUGGUAUGCCACCCUUUGAGCUGUUGUAUGGUAGGAGGUGUCGGACCCCCAUUUGCUGGGGAGAGGUGGGACAGAGAGUGAUGGGCAGUACAGAGAUCGUGCUUCAGACGGCAGAGCAGAUUCAGCAGGUUAGACAGAGGUUAUUGACCGCCCAGAGCCGACAGAAAAGUUAUGCAGACAGACGCCGGUCCGAGCUUGAGUUUCAGGUCGGCGACUUCGUACUCCUGAAGGUCUCUCCUUGGAAAGGAGUGAUCCGAUUCAGGAAGAGGGGCAAGUUGGGGCCCCGGUAUAUUGGGCCUUUUCGUGUGAUUGCGAGGGUAGGCCGGGUGGCCUACCGUUUGGAGUUGCCAGCGGAAUUGAGUCAGAUCCACGACACUUUUCAUGUGUCGCAAUUGAGAAAGUGUAUAGCCGAUGAGUCGGCAGUAGUUCCAUUAGAGGACAUUCAGGUGGAUGCGAGCCUGAAUUAUGCCGAGAGACCAGUGGCCAUCAGAGAUCGGAAGAUCAAGGUUCUGAGGAAUAAGGAGAUACCUCUAGUGUUAGUUCAGUGGCAGCACCGGAAGGGAUCAGAAAUGACCUGGGAACCGGAGCGUGAGAUGCGGGAGCAGCAUCCGGAG